AUGGCGCGCAUAAAGCAUAAGGCGUUCAUUGGGAAAAAGAUCUGCAUCGCAUGGGAGGUUUUGCACGACGGCAAGGGCUGGAAGGCACAGGGAAAAGCGCUGGAGAUUCUCCGGUUCUACGCGUUUUCCUCGGAGGUGUAUCUGAUGUGCCGCAUUCGUGAUGCCGACGACAAGAAGCAGAUCCUUAAUCUCGUCAAGGCGGUAGAUGGAAUCGAACGUCAUCGCGUCCUCUUCUGCACCACGGAAAAAGGAUACGAAGCCUUCACGCGGCAAAUCGACCCGAGCCUCCUGGUCUCACACAAUGCAGCGCAGGUAGAGUUCUUGAGGCGCGUCAUUCAGACCUUAGUCCUCGUCAGCGGCGAUGGCGUUGUCGCGAGCAAUGUGGCGUGCGUGCCUUCUGUGGAAGCUAUUGCCGUCGACCUCGAGUGA